UCUCUGAUAGUGAUAAAAAAUACACAUUGUGUAAAAUUUUCUAUGAGCGGUCUCAAUUUUCCAUGCAGUUACAAUGGUUUCCUUGAACUAUCGUUAUUAUCUCUACUUUUAAUUCGAUACGUUCAUUUCAGUGCACAAUCAAAACUAACAACUAGAAAGUUUCAUACCUAUAUUGCUAAAAUAUGAAAGUAAAUAGGAUAUUAAUCUAGUGUUUUUUUUUGGAACCCUAGUGUUACAUUCUAGUCGAAACUCGUUAUAGCUCACUGAUGCUCUAAGAGGUCACACUUCUUUACACUGACCAAAUAAUCGCAGACCAAAAACCGAAUGAUGAGCUAUAUUCGGAAACUGAGUAAUCCUGCUGGGGAACGGAACAAGAACCCGAUUCUUGAAGUUCUCAAAAAAUUCCUUGAUAAUUCCGAGCCGGGCAAAAAGUUAUUGGAAAUCUCCUCUGGUGUGGGAUUGCAUGCUGCUUUUAUAGCUUCUCAUUUUCCAAACAUUAAUAUUCAGCCAUCGGAAAAUGAUCCCGUAGUAUUCAGUAGUAUUGAUGCCUACAGACAAGAAGCCAACGUAAAGAACCUACAAUCUCCCAUUGCUAUCGACAUUUCCCGGCCGUGUACUGAAUGGGACAACGAUCAUCAACUGAAUUUCCAAACAUCAGCAGAAAGCUUCGAUUACAUGCUGAACAUUAAUAUGAUUCACAUUACCCCAAUUGAGUGCAGCAAAGGACUGUUUUGGAACGCUGCUCGACUACUGAAAAAAGGAGGUUUAUUGAUCACUUACGGACCUUACGCAGUGAACGGUGUGAUAAGCCCAGAAAGUAAUGUUAACUUCGAUGCCUCUUUGCGAAGUCGUAAUCCUGCUUGGGGCAUUCGAGAUGUAACAGCGUUGGAGAAAUUAUCCACAGAGAAUGGAAUCGAGUUAAAGCAAACAUUUGACCUACCGGCUAAUAACAAAUGCUUGAUCUGGGAAAAAGUUAAAGGUUUGCAGGAUACGUAAAAUACUGCUGUAUUAAUUAUUUGAUUCUUAAUUAUGAAUUAAUGCUGAUUUAAUUAAUUGAUUCAUAAUGUUCACUAUAUUAAAUAAACGAUGAUAGCUAAAUUUUGU